GGUCAAGUUUCUAUUGAAGGAGAAGGAAGGGAUAAGGCGACAAAGGUAGUAAAAUUGAUAUUCAAGUUGCAGGAAUCAGGAAUCAAGACCAUCUCCGGCAUAAACGAUGAGAAAUUCGGUAUUCAGGGUUUAAUUACUAGUACAAAAGGUGUUCUUCGCUCGCCUCCACAGCCCGAGAAUGGCGAUGGCAUUGAAUAACCAUUCAUUUCACAAGAUAUUGUGCAAAAAGAAAGACAAAGACAAGGGUCAGAACUAUCCCUAUAAGGUCAUCGAAGUUACUCCUCCGCCCAAGAAUCUCGGCAUUCGUUGCUUUCCUCCUAACUUGCAGUGUGGUGAGAGUGUGACGAUUGAAGGUCAGACAUACACAAUAUCAGCAGUGACACAUCGGUAUCAGCUUAGAAGAGGAAAGUAUGAACCUAGUGAAAAGAGACUCGAUGUUUUGUCAACUGGCAGAUAUAUCUUGAACUUGUAUCUUCAAAACUUACUUGAUCAAUCUUGACAUCAUUGUAUGUAACUUUCCUGCAUUACCCUAUUUCUUGAAUUGCUAUAAUCAAACAAUUUUCAUUUGUUU